AUGCAUGAUGGCAUCGUUGGCGGUAAAGUCUCCGUUCCCUACAGUCGACCCUACAUGGUCUACAUUCGUGACAAGAUAUCAAAACAAACAUGUGGUGGUUUUUUGGUAAGAGAGGAUUAUGUGAUGACAGCUGCCAGCUGUAAACAAAGUCAUCUUAUGGUCUAUUUGGGGGUCCAUUACACCACUUUUUUACAUAACGGUAUAGAGGUAGAUCCCGUUCCACAUCCAAAAUUCAAUAUGAUGAGAACAGAUCAUGACAUCAUGCUUCUAAAGCUUAAAACUCCAGCAACUUUGAACAAAAUUGUGAAUAUUAUUGCUUUGCCAAAAACUGAGAAAGAAGAAAUCUCAAAGGACUGCCUGGUCAUGGGUUGGGGCUGGAAGAAAUACCAUGACGAGUCUCCAUCAAAUGUGCUCAAAGAAGCAAGCGUGACUCUGAUAGACUCUGAAAACUGUGGCAUGGCUGACACUCUGUGCUCCGAGGGAUCAACUGGACCAGCAAUGGUAUUUCAAGUGAGACCACUCACAAAUUCUUAUCUACUGUAUGAUGUAUCAGUGUCAGUCCACUGUGAUACACUAAUAAUCAAAUGA